UGGAAUGGGAUGCCGCGGAAAGGAGGGGCCCCUCCUGAGUAGAUCUGUGGGUGGCUCCUCUCGGGGAGCCGCCUCUCCCCUUGUGCCCUUCGGUUUGCCUACGAGAGAGCCCCCAUGGUCUCUGUUCAAGUUCUGGAAACUCUGUCUCUGGGUGGGCUUAAUCACUUACUACUUCAUUGUAGACCCACCCCUGGCCUUUCCUGAUUGUGGGCACAAGCGUGGGGAACAUGUCCGAGAACAGGAAGCCGCUGCUGGCCUUCAUGGGCAAACUCCCCAGUGGGACUGCGCCUGGCAGCUCGGGCAAGACUCACUGCCCUUUGUGCAUGGGGCUUUUCAUAGCCCCCAAGCUCUUGCCCUGUUUGCACACAGUUUGCACCAAGUGUCUGGAGCAGCUGGAACCCUUCUCAAUAGUGGACAUGCGAGGGGGAGACUCGGACGCAAGCUCAGAGGGGUCCAUAUUCCAGGAAGUCAAGCCACACACUCUAAAACCGCAGAUCGGCAUCCUCUGUCCGGUAUGUGACGCUCAGGUGGACCUGCCCAAGGGUGGAGUGAAGGCGUUAACCAUAGACCACCUGGCCAUGAACGAUGUGAUGCUGGAGAGCCUGCGCGGGGAAGGCCAGGGCCUGGUGUGUGACCUGUGCAGCGACAGGGAAGUGGAGAAGAGGUGUCAGACCUGCAAAGCCAAUCUCUGCCACUUCUGCUGCCAGGCUCAUAGGCGGCAGAAGAAAACGGCCCAGCACCCCAUGGUGGACCUAAAGGAUUUAAAAGGCCACAGCCGCGUCGGGAAGCCCGUCCUGUGCUUGGCUCACCCCGCGGAGGAGCUGCAGCUGUUCUGCGAGGUCUGCGACCGGCCUGUGUGCCGGGACUGCGUGCUGGGCGAGCACCGGGAACACCCCUGCGACUUCGCCAGCAGCGUCAUCCACAAGCACGGGGACGCCGUGCGCGAGCUCCUCAGGGACACCCGGCCCCACGUGGAGGCCCUGGAGGAGGCGCUGGCGCAGACCAGGGGCGCAAGCAGCGCCCUCCAGGAGCGCGUGGCGGCCGUGGCGGCCGACGUCCGCGCCUUCUCCGAAGGCUACAUCAAGGCCAUCGAAGAGCAUCGGGACAGGCUGCUGCGGCAGCUGGACGGCAUCCGGGCCCAGAGGGAGAACUCCCUGCAGCUGCAGAAGGCGCAGCUGGAGCAGCUGCUGGCAGACAUGCGGACCGGCGUGGAGUUCACCGAGCACCUGCUGGCCAGCGGCUCCGACCUGGAGAUCCUGGCCACCAAGGGCGUGGUGGUGGAGCGGCUCACGAAGCUGAACAGAGUGGAGUACAACACCCAGGCGGGCGGGAGCGACACCAUAUGCUUCUGUCCUCAGGAGAGAGCAGGCCGGUGCCGAGGCUAUGAGGUGUACGGGGCCAUCAACACCAAAGUGGUCGACCCGGCCAAGUGUGUCCUUCAAGGAGAAGAUCUCCACCGAGCCCGGGAGAAACAGACAGCCUCUUUCACCCUGUUUUGCAAGGACGCAGCAGGGGAGAGCAUGGGCAAGGGAGGAGACAACAUCCAAGUCACAGUUGUCCCCAAAGAUAAGAAAGACAGCCCAGUGAGAACCACGGUCCAGGACAACAAGGACGGCACGUACUGCGUCUCCUACACCCCCAAGGACCCCGGCGUCUACACGGUGCUGGUCUGCGUCAAAGAGCAGCACGUGCAGGGCUCGCCCUUCACCGUGACCGUGAAGAAGAGGCACCGUCCACACCCCGGCGUGUUUCACUGCUGCACGUUCUGCUCCAGCGGGGGCCAGAAGACCGCUCGCUGCGCCUGUGGCGGCACCAUGCCAGGCGGGUACCUCGGCUGUGGCCACGGACACAGAGGCCACCCGGGUCGUCCCCACUGGUCAUGCUGCGGGCAGUUUGCCGAGAAGUCGGAGUGCACGUGGACCGGAGGGCAGGGCGCCCCGAGGAGUCUGCUCAGGACCGUGGCCCUGUGACGUCGCCCGGCCCCGUGACACCGCAGCCGGGGGCGCCAGCCCACCAGCGGACCCCCGGCCCGGCCGACCCAGAAGAGACUGAGAGAAUUACAGCAAAGUGCCUAUCGUCUGCGCCCGAGGGCAAGUGCAUCUUUGUGCGUCACUGGCCGAUCGCAGAGGCGGUGGCCGGGCAGCCACCCACCUCUCUGGCAGCGGGGGCGCCAGGCUCUGCCCUGCCCGGCCAGGCCUCCGCGACGGUGGAGGCGGCAGUCUGACUGAGCUCUCCCAGAGCUGCCUGCUGUGCGGCCCCUCCCGAGAGAACAAGACCUUCAGCACUACUGACUGGGCGUCACCCUGACGGCUGGGUGGAUGUCUGUCCCCCGCCCCGACACCGUGUUCACCGCCUGGUUCACCUCCUGGCCCCAGAGCCUGCAAGGUCACGCCGGUCAAGCCGUGAGAAGCGGCGGUGCUGCAGUAGAGCCCCGGACACCUGCUCGUGCCAGGCGAGCGGGCCCUUCGGCGCCGCCCUGCCACUACAAAGCGCCCCCUGCCGCACAGGCCGG